GUGGCCCUGCACGCGGACCUGAUGAAGAAGAAUUUCGACCGGGCGCUACUGCAGAUCUGGCUGGUUACCGUGUCCGAGCUCAAAGCACAGGCCGACUCCAUCUCUGACGACAAGUCGCCGGCGUUCUACAGUCGGCUGUGCGAGGCGCUGGAGAUCCUGCGCCGGUUCUUCCACGCCGAUGGCCAGGGCGUGCCCCUGGACACGCUAAAGGGAGAGCUCUUUGACGACACGCUGCGCAGUCUGAAGUUGAACAGUCUCUCGACGGAGGAGCUGAUGGCGCUGUUCCACGCCGAGCGGCUCCAGGAGCAGGAGACCCAGGAGACGACAGAGUUCGGCACGCUCUCUGUGCGCGUGUACUUCCACCACGACUCUCUGUCGGUGGAGAUACUGAGCGCCAAGAAUGUCAUACCGCUCGACCCCAACGGUCUCAGUGACCCGUUUGUGAUCAUUGAGCUGCUGCCGCGACACAUCUUCUCGUCCUGUGUGGAGCAGCAGACGGUCGUCCACAAACGCACGCUCAACCCCGUCUUCGACGAGUGCUUCGAAUAUUCUGUAACGCUGGAGCAGUGCCGGGCCGAGGGCGCCAUGAUCCUUUUCACCGUGAUGGACCACGACGUGCUCACCUUCAACGACUUCGCCGGCGAGGCGUACCUCUCCCUGAACCAGAUCCCUGGCGUCGACCGGGGCACGUCCAACGCGGACAACUUCCACGGCCUGAAGGAGAUCGAGCUGAACCUCAUGCACCAGCGAGACAGAGAGCACCCGAUCCUGAAGACUCUGGAGAGCCGCCUCGGUGACAAGGCUGCACAGGACUUCAUGAAGAAAUGUCGCGAACGCGUCACCAACUUCUAGGCCUAGCUGUACUGGAUACCUGGUCUUCUCUGCCGAGAACACAUAUUGUGAAACGAGUGGAUUUUCCGGGGUUUUUGACUGACGGACUGGUUUGUGGGAAGGUGAUCACACUCCCAGUUUGGCCGACCCUGGUUCAGCCGUGUGGGGACAGAAGAACAUAUUCGAUAUGUACGCACACGCACGGGCCGCCCAGUUUCCGCGGGAUGCUUUGAGUGUUCUUUGUCGCUCUUGCGUGGCAGCCGUCUCCCUGAACGAGUUAGCGGAACGGAUUAUUAUUGUCUUGAGCGAGGCCAGUGUGACGUGACGGUUCCCUGCCGUCACCCGCGACGGACAGCAUGACGCGUGUGACAUGACAGCUUUUCACGAGUGACCUGGCAGCGCAGCCCUUGCUGUCAGCUAUAUCUAUCAAAUGCUACACAUAUAUUUACAAUCUACAUAUUUACCCAAGGUCAGUGUGCGAACUGUGUCACUGGAUGGGACAUAUUUACCGUGUGUAAGAAGAGUUCAUUUGUGAGCUCGUCGGAUCUCACUGUGAGACACACCAGUGUGAGUUAGACGUGAGCGGGUGUGAGAAGGGCGUGAGAGCAGACGAUCUCAUUUACUGCACAGCGCGAGGGGCGCCCUAUAGCCGUGCGCAAAUCAAAACAAGAAAGCUGGCCUCUGCGGCGGCCCCGCCGCGGCUCCAUCGAAUGUAGGAUAGCGUGUCGUACGAUCGUGUAUUGGAGGUGUACCGCACUGCCUUGUCAUCGUCCGCGCUUCAGCUGCCGAUCCUCUCUAACUUCGUGAGAUAGACGGCGAAUAUAGGCAUGUUAUCAUUCCGAUAUAGCUAUUUAUUCACUUAGCGUGUUUUACGGUGCACAUACCUACACCUUUUCGUGUUGUACACAAGAACGCAGACUGAUCCUGUGAUUAGGAGGUUUUCUAUUUGAAAGAACGACGUAAAAAUUAUUUUGUUGUAAGUGCUUUCUUGCUUUGUUUUAUUUAUCGCUGUGAAAAAAUAAUUGUACUAUCAUGGUCGCCUAAUAUCGCAUCUUCAGCGAACCGAUCUUUUCCCACAUGAUUGUCUAGUCUCAAAUGCCAGUCCAUUUUUAUCCAGUGUCGGAUAUGGCUGAUGGGUGACCGACCCUUCUUCGCUGGUCGGGACGAUGGAACACCUUCCUUCCCUGGUUGCCAGUUGGGGAUAGCGAGGUGAUCGGCCGGACAGUGUAUUGGUCGGCCCUGGGCGUGUACUUUGGGUGUGUACUGGGUGUGUUCUCUCGCUGCUACUCUCUACUAACACUGUAUCGACUAUCGUCUCUAUGUGAUCCCGUUUCUGCGGCUCAGGUGCAGUGUGCACUGGCCACUGUGCAGUGUGCACGACGACUGAAUGAAAGGGAUGCUCGUAUCGGAACCAUGUCAUUUCAAGCUGAUGUCUGUCUGCGUGUGCGUUUACCUACUUCAUAACGCGCAACUUUUUCUUCACUCUGCUAAAUGAAGUGUAUUUUUUUCUUUUCGUUGCUUUCUUGAUUGUGAACAUUUUGAGGUGAAAAAUCAUGUUGUAUUUAAUCAAUGUAUUCGAAUACCGUAUGUGUGUAUGUUGGUUGUAAGAUAUCCAGAGGGCCCACAUUCCGUUGCUCUUGCUCCGCGUGUCGGGCCGGCCGCCGGCACACGGCUCGGCUCGCGCGGCGGGUGACGCCGGUGCGAACUGGCAGAUGCGCUACCUAAGCUGGACUAUUCUACUAGACGCCCAUAACCCGGCCGCCGGUGGCUACAUUCAUGCCGCCGCCGUAGUGGCGGGUUAUGAGCAGCUGGUGGUAGCUGUGCGACUUACGUGGACUGCGGCCGCGACCGGCGGGGUCCUCGCAAUGCCGACCGAACAAGGAACUCUCAGUAGCCACUCAUAACGCGCAGACAGGAUUCCGUGACCCGGUGGGGUUUCAUUAGGCCCGGUGUGGCUAUGGACGUCUACUGGUAACUCCUCUGGACGGCUGUUCCGGCGCGGUGGGUCUUUUCCCGCGGCGCGCCGGCGACGCUGACGGCGGAUGACGUUUUGCCGAGUGGGGACCUUCCACCAGCUGUACAUAACUGCCGGCAGCGGCGGCGGCGCGGCACGUGGCUCUGGCGGUCACAUGACGGACGCGGUAUGGGCGUCUACUGGCCGCCGGGGCCGCGAUGGUGGAUCGGCCGCCCAAAACACGUGUGCGGUGUGCUCGGCGCUGCUACUCGCUCGCUCCGCCCAGGGCGGCGGCUGGCGGAGAGCGGCCAGAUUUUCCCGAUAGCAGAACCCGGUAUGCGCGCGACCGAAACUUUCCGAUUGGUGACGAAGGAACGCCUGUCUGAAUGUAUCCGUGUAAACUACUACAUGCGUAAACGAGCGUGUUGUGCGAGUGAUGAUGUUAUUUAUUUAUCAUGUAACCAACCAAUUCGCUGUUUGCCUUUACGCGCGCUGCUGGGCCGCUUUGCCCGGCGGGCGGGGGGCGGGUUCGAUCUCGACCUGCGGGACCUCUUCUACUGAGCCUUGGCGCCGCACCGGUGGUGUGUGAAAACAAAUACACUUAUUUAUUACCUUACUGAAAUAA